CUACUAUUAGAACACCAGGAUGCCAUUGCCACUGAGCCUAAUGAUCUGCUGAAUGAAUUGCUGGAAGGGCUGGGACCUGUUCCUGAUGUAGAAUCUUUCCUUGGAGAAGGAGCUGUUGAUCCCAAUGACCCCAACAAGGAAAGCACACUGAAUCAACUUGCAAAAACAGAGAUUUCACUGUCUCUAACAAGCAAAUAUGAGUUACGAGAAGGUGAUGAUCAGGAUCUUAAAAGCCUGAUGAUAAAGACCAAAAGACUUAUUGUGGAUGUGAUACGAACACAGCCAGGAGAAACGCUCUUAGAAAUAUUAGAAACACCACCCACUGCGCAACAGGAAUCUGAGCACUUGAAACUUGUAGAAAAACGUGCCAUCUUAGAUUCCAAAACUCCAGAGAAAAUAAAGCACAGUCAGUCUAUUUUUGAAGAUGGGCAGCUACCAAUAGAACAAAAGAAAAGAAAAAUUCAGAGAAAUCUCCGGACAUUGGAACAAGCAGGACUAGUGUCUUCAGCAACUAAGUACCAAGAAAUUAUAAAUGAGAUCGCUAAGGAUAUCCGGAAUCAAAGAAGAUACAGACAUCAUCGAAAAGCUGAAUUGGUGAAACUCCAGCAGACUUUGAAUGCACUUAACUCCAAGACAGCAUUUUAUGAAGAACAAAUUAAUUAUUACAACACCUAUAUAAAAACUUGUUUAGACAACUUAACAAGAAAAAAUUCACGGAGGUCAAUUAAACUAGAUGGAAAAGAAGAGAUGAAGGGAAGCAAAAAAAUGAAGCAGGCCUCAUUAAAGUACACAGCUGCAAGACUGCAUGAAAAAGGUGUCAUCCUAGAAAUUGAAGAUCUUCAAACCAACCA